AAGAGGGACUGGCCCUCGCAGAGUGGGACAGGUGGUAACCCUAUUUAAUAGUUACCAUUCUGGUAGCAAUACCCGUCACGCUUUAAUAAACACCUUCUUGUUUGACUAGAUGUUGCUAGUGAUGCGCAGACUUCCUUCUAAACAGUAAUCGCACUUUUAGAUUAUGCAAGGGAGCAUAUUAUGUAAGGUGUAUUUUUGAUACAGAAAGAUUCUAAUUAUUUCCAUUUUAGUAUAAGAAAAUUGGUGAGGGUAAUUUCUCUCAUUGAAGGCACGCUGGCUUCAAAGCCUGCAUAACUUUUUGCGGAAAAAAGAUUAAGUUGUAGUAAUUGCAUAUAAUGGGGCAUUGCCUCUUGGAAUAGAAACAGUAAUUUCUUUUAACAUACUCUUCUGUUUUGCCUUAAUGACAUCUUAAAAGGAAAAAUCACAGGCGAUGAGCAAUUUCCUUUAUCUAAAAAUGUUUGAAUGCAGGGAAGAGGAAGCUUAUUUGGGAAGCUCAAUGUGCAAGUGUAUAAAAGCCAUGAAAACUGCUUAGUAUAGUUAAUGGAACAUAGAAAACUAGUGGUUUAAGAAAGCAGGAUCUGAGCUGCUGCUUUAAGAUGAUGUCUAGAGGGUCCAUACUCUGUUUGCUACUACUGCUCUCUGUCCACAUGGUCACUCCCUUGGCAGGUGUGCACCAGGGUAAAAAGAUGGCCAAAAUCAAGGAGUUGAUAGACAGAAUAGAAAGGAUCAUUUCCACAGGUGUAGCUGCUCGCCAUUCUUUGGAUCUUGGAUCUGGCGAACAUGGAAUCCUAGUGCAAAGUCCUUCUGGUGCUACUGAUGUGCAGAAACCGCCAGUUCUUCAGCUACAGGUGAACUUCACUGAACCUGAUCACAGAAAACCGGCAGGUGUGAGACCAGUGAAGACCAACUCCAAAAGAAUAAAGGGGUCCGGGUGCUUUGGCAGGAGAAUUGAGCGAAUCGGUUCUUUAAGUGGCUUGGGCUGCAACUACUCCAAGUACAGACCAAGAAAACAGUAAGCUGGCAUCUCUUUUGUCAUGGGAGUUUGAAGUUCUGCUAGCAAUUAUGUGGCUUUCUUUGGAUACAUGAUUCUUUACAAAUGAAAUAAUUCAUAAGAAAAAUAUAUAUUUCUUUUAUUGUAUCUUACAUGAAUAAUUUGUAGCAUACUUCUCUUCUGUAUCUAAAAUAAAAUUUCCUGGUAUUGUA